CCCGAACUGACGACUGGACAGUUUCUGCGUAUACCCAGACACGGAAGAACCACUAUGUAGCAGGUUUUUACAGACCAUUUCAAUUCAUCACAGAGAAAUGGCAUAUUCCUCUAAAUCGAUUUUAGUCGCGGGUGUUCCUGCCAACGCCGACGUCGAUACAGUGACGAACAAAUUGACCAUACACUUUCAAAAAAAGGAAUUUGGUGGCGAAGUCGAACAAGUGAUACUUCUUGCCAACGAUCGUCGCAAUGGCGACCAGGUAUGCUUGGUCGCAUUUCAUUCCCCUCAAGGAGUGAAUGCAGCUCUUAGGACACAUGAUGACAAAGUACAUAGGGUUAGAUUUGGAACGGGUCAGCAAAAAGUUCAACUUACAGUCACUGCUUGUCCUCUGGAUUUGGAAUCAAAAUAUUUAGGUAAAGGGUCAGGUGAUACAUCAACCUCCAAUGCACAAGCUGACAGUAUACAUGGAAAGAAACCAUCAACAGAGUCUGGACAACCUCCAAACUAUGCCGUACACCCUGGACAGCCUGGAGUACCUUUUAGCUUUGACAAUCCAAUGGAACAAUAUGGACCACAUUCUCAGCAACCAUAUUUUCAUCCCCAUCAACAACAUCCUAUGUUAUUCAUGCAACAACUGUUUCAUAGCCUUCCACCUGCUAAACAACAAGAAUGA